AUGACAUGCCGACACACUAAUCAAGUAAUAGACAAAAUAAACAAUUUAAUUGGGCUAAUAAAUAAUCCUAUUUCUUAUCUUUAUGAGCAUUUAGGCCAGUAUGUAAGAGAGGAUGAAGUGGAUGCUCUUUUAGCUCGAUUAAGAACGAAUUACACGGUAAAAACGAUAGAUAGAAUUAACCAAAGCACUUUAUAUAAUCAUUUAUCAGACAUUUUUGAUAUAAUAAACAGUUGUGAUUGUCGCAAUGAAUUAGUAGGUGAAUAUAACCAAUUAGUAAACAAGCAUAACAACGCAAGUUCACAGCAUACCAAAGCCCAAGUGGAAGUGGCUAGUUUACGAACCCGAGCCGAAAACUACCAUUCGCAAUUAGUAGAUACUCGCAAGUUAUUAGAAAAUAAAGAAAAACAAGUAGUAAGAAUAGAGAAUAAAUUAGAUGAAAAACAGCAAAAAGUAGAUAAUUUACUUAAUCGGUUAGCGGAAUUAAAAUUAGAAAGUAGUAAAAAAGUUAGUGAGCUAAAACAGAAAGACGAUGAGAUUAAAGCCUUAAAAAGAAAUUUAGGGGAUAGCCAAAAAGACUUUUUAGGAGAGAAGUUAAAGUCUAAAAAAGAAAGAUUGGAGUUGCUGGCGGCUGAACUAGGAAUAGAAUUACAGAAAAUCCAAAACUUACGCAAAAGAUAUCGGGAAUUAAUGUCUGCCCAGGAAGAAAACAAAAUCAGUGAUAUUAAUAUUGCCAAAGAAAAUAUUGCUGCUACUCGGGAUGGUUUGAUUGAAAGAGGAAUAAGUGUUAGCAAAGCCCAAAAAUUUUGCAGGAAGUGUAAAAAGGUUGCUCAACUAGAAUUAUGGAUAGAUAAAGUUAACGAGCAAUUUGAAGCCCGACAAGGAGUUCCUUUGUAUAAUAAUCAAAAAUAG